AUGGAAGAUAAAAAUGUUGAAGUGAGUCAAGUAGUUAAAAGUAUUAAAUCGAUAACUGUUAAAGAAGAUACUGUUAGUGCAACUCAUGCUUUAGGUCUUCAAGAUUUAUACAAUGCAGCUUUCAGUCAAGAACCUGAUGCUAAUACGAACGAAAUAAAUAUUAUAGAUAAGGGAAAUGUUAAAAUUUUAAAUGGAAAUGAUAAAGUAAUAGAAAAUAAUGAAACAUAUAAAAAUUCUAGUUUUGACGAUGGUUAUCAAUUGUAUUCAUUAAAAACAUUAGAAUACUCUAUAGAUUUUGUUAAGCCAGAUGAACAAUCUGUAGGUUUAAAUAGUUUAAAUAGUUUCGAAGAUUCUAAAAAUGAGGGAAAAGAAGUUUUUGUAAGCUCUGCAUUAAGUCACCCCUAUGAGACGUUUCAAAAUGUACCAAAUUCUGUUUUAGAUUUAGAUAAAGGAAUACAAAUUCAUCUUGUUAAGACUGAAGACAUACAAACUGAAUCGCCUAAUUCAUCUGGCAAUGACAUACCUUUACUUACAUAUAAUUACGAAAACUGUGGGUAUUCUGGAGAUAAAAAUUUCGAUAAUGAAAGCGUUGGAGUUAAUCCUGAAACACUUGGUGUACGAUUUGAAGAUUGUGAUUUUAAUUCAUCAGAUAGUUUUGCUUCAACUGAAUCGAUCAUACCCAAAAACAUAAACUGUCCGAAAUGUCCAAAAAAAUUUAUGUUUAAAUCGGACUUGUUAAGGCAUGAUAAAUAUAAACAUUCGUCAAAACCGAAACUAUUCUGUAAAUACUGCAACAAAGAAUUUGUCAGCCAACAAAAUUUACUUUUUCAUGAGAAAUCUCACAAGAAAAAAAGAAAUUCGUUAAAAUGUGAAAUAUGUAAAAAGGUAUUUAAAAAGUCUGCUGUUCUUAUAAAACACAUGGAAAAAAAACAUUCCAAAAACACAUCAUUAUUUUUUUGUACCGAUUGCAAUAAAAAUUUUUCAACUCAAAAUCUUUUGAACAAUCAUAUAAAAAAAAUUCACACUUCUGACAGUGAAAAACCUUAUAAAUGUGAUAUUUGCCUUAAAAGGUUUGAAAAAAAGCAAGGAUUGAGUUGUCAUGUUAAAGCGCACACAGAUGAACAACAACUUUAUGUUUGUCAACAUUGCAAUAAAUCAUUUAGUAAAAUUUGUUAUUUGAAAAAUCAUUUAAAAUCUCAUCAGGAAGAUAAGGAUAGUUUCUUAUGUGACAUUUGUGGAAAAGAUUAUAAAUCUUUGACAGCUUUGGAAGAACACAGCAGAAAGCAUACUGGAGAAAAACCAUUCACUUGCAAUGUUUGCAUGAAAAGUUUCGCUUAUAAAGCAUAUUUCAUCGAUUUGUUUUUGAAAAAAGCCUAA